AUGUCCGCAUCUGAGGCCAGCAACGGGGCCCAAGAGGCCCCAGAAGCUGCUGCUGCUCCUGCUCCUGCUGCUGCUGCUGCUGCUGCUGUUGCUGACCCGGUGCCGCGGCGACGUGGCCGGGGGCGCCCCCCUUCUGCUUGUGCUGCAGCACGAGCGCGGAGAGGCGCUUCUGCUGCUGCAGCAGCAGCUGCUGCAGCAGCUUCCAUUGCUUCUUCUGCAUGCAGCGGCGGUGACAGCAGCAGCAGCAGCAGCAGCAGCAGAUUUGAAUCGUCUGUCUUGCCGCAUGCAGCAGAUGGGGCGUUGCUGCCUGCUGCUGAUGCAGCAGCAGAAGCAGCAGCAGCACUUUCUUCUGUCUCCAAUACAAAAACAAAUGAAGAAAGAGAUAUAUACGCGGGUGUACAUACAGCUGAAAACAGAAAAAGCAGAGGCAGAGGCAGAGGCAGAGGAAGGGGGAGAGGCAGAGGCAGAGGAGCCAGGCAGCAGCAGCGGUAUUUGCGGUGUACAGACAGCAGAGAAGAAGAAGAAACAGAAAAAGAAGAAAUAGAAAAAGAAAAAGAAAUAAAAAAAGAAAAAGAAAAAGAAAAAGAAAAAGAAAACGAAGAAGAAACAACGAGGAGAAAGUUGGAUUGGCUGCUGCAAGAAAUCGACUUUUGCUGCUCAGCCCCCAAAAAACAAAAAACAAAUGCAGACACACACAACAGCAGCAGCAGCAGCAGCAGCAGCAACAGCAGCAGCAGCAGCAGCAGCAGCAGUAGCGGGAGUAGCAGCAGUGCAGCUGUCCAGGCACUGCAUGCGUUGCUGCAUCCGUCUGCUGCUGCUGCAGCAGUUGCAGCAGGAAUGAGCAUUGCUGCUGUAUUGAAGGCAGCAGCAGCAGCAGCAACAGCAGCAACAACAGCAGCAGCAGCAGCAACAGCAGCAGCAGAUGGACGGGAGAAGGAAGCAGCAACUUCUGCUGCUGAUUCGCCGCUGCUGCUGCAUGCGCUCUAUCGCAAUACUUACGAGGGCAGCUUCCUCGCUGGCCUCAGCAGAGGAAAGCAGCAGCAGCAGCAGCAGCAGCAGCAGCAGCAGCAACAGCAGCAGCAGCAGUAUGAAGAAGUAAGUUUGGGGCUUGAUCUGCAUGCGGUGCUGCAGCAGCUGUCGCUCUUCCCUCUGCCCGUUUUGCUGCUGAAAUCACCCAAUGCUCAUACUAAACUGAAGCAGCAGCAGCAGCAGCAGCAGCAGCAGCAGCAGCAGCAGCAGCAACAGCAGCAGCAGUGUUGCUGCUGCAGCGUUCACAUCGUUAGGCCUCUGAGCUCUUCUUCCCGAUCUGUUUCUACAGCUUGCUGCUGCGGCGGCAGCGGCAGCAGCAACAGCAACAGCAACAGCAACAGCAGCAACAGCAGCAGCAACAGCAGCAGCAGCAGCAGCAACAGCAGCAGCAGCAGCAGCAGCAGCAGCAGCAAAUCAGGUAGGGAGACGGAUGGCGAUGAGCUGUUAAAUGUGGGCGGAAAUGUCGUCGCCUUAGCCGCCUCAGAAUAUAUAGCAAUCACAAACUGCAGCAGCAGCAGCAGCAGCAGCUGCAGCAGCAGCAGCAGCGACAGCAGCAGCAGCAGCAGCGACAGGAGCAGCAGCGACAGCAGCAGCAGCAGCAGCAGUAUUCCUGUUGCUGCUGGAGGGGAUUGCUUCGUGGUGCUCGCAGUUGCUGUGGCUGCGCAGCCCUCAGCAGCAGCAGCAGCAACAGCAGCAGCACCAGCAACAGCAGCAGCAGCAGCAGCAGCAACAGCAGCAGCAGCAACAGAAGGAGCUGGGGGUUUGCUGCAGCUGUGGAGAAUUUCAAUCGGCCAAUCGACGCAUUCCUCACUCAGGAUACUCAUACACACACCCCAGCGCCUGCUGCAGCAGCAACAGCAGCAGGAUCAGCAGCAGCAGCAGCAGCAGCAGCAGGCAGCAGCAGCAGCAGCAGCAGCAGAUGCAGCAGCAGCAGGGGAAGGAGCAAUAGCAGCAGCAGCAGCAGCAGCAGCAGCAGCAGAAGCACCUGUUAUUGUCGUUGCAGGCGGCAGCGGAGGCAACUUAUACAUUUUUUCGUUUUUUGUUGAGGCAUGCAAAUGCUGCAGCAGCAGCAGCAGCAGCAGCAGCAGGAGCAGCAGCAGCAGCAGCAGCAGCGGGGAGGUGGAUAUGUUGGUUGAGGGGUCACCCGAAGCAAACAAAAAUAAUUUUCGUUGCUGCCGCUGGCGCUACACAACAGAGGCGGAGCAUCAGCAUGUUGCUGCUGCUGCUGCUGCUGAUGGUGGUACUCCAGCAGCAGCAGCAGCAACACCAAAAGCAGCAGCAGCACAAAAGAAACUGCAGCAGGAGACGCAGCAGCAGCAGGAGAGCCAGCAGCAGAAGCAGCAACAGCAACAGCAACAGCAGCAGCAGCAGCAACACCAAAAGCAGCAGCAGCAGCAGCAGCAACAGCAGCAGCAGCAGCAGCAGCCAGAAGCAGAAGCAGCAGCAGCAGCAGCAGCUGCUGCUGCUGCUGCAGCGGCAGACGAAGGAGAAAUAACAGCAGCUGCUGGUGCUGCUGCUGCUGCUGAUGGUGGUACUCCAGCAGCAGCAGCAGCAACACCAAAAGCAGCAGCAGCAGCAGGAGAUUAUACAAUAACUAAAGAUAUAGCUCUGCAGCAGCUGCAUGCGCAGCGGCAGCAGCUGCUGCUUCGCUUGAAAAGACAGAUGGCAACUCCUGCUGCUGCUGCUGCUGCUGCUGCUGCUGCUGCUGCUGCUGCUGAUGGUGGUACUCCAGCAGCAGCAGCAGCAACACCAAAAGCAGCAGCAGCAGCAGCAGCAACAGCAGCAGCAGCAGCAGCAGCAGAGCGGCAGCAGGAUAAACUAAAUGCUGAUAUAUUGAGAGAGAGGACAGCAGCAGCAGAAGUAGCAGCAGCAGCAGCAGCAACAGUAGCAGCAGCAGCAGCAGCAGCAGUAGCAGCAGCAGCAGCAGCAGCAGUAUCAGCAGCAGCAGCAGCAGUAGCAGCAGUAGCAGCAGCAGCAGCAGCAGAGCAGUAG